GUGACACUUCUAAAGGAGGCAUAGCCUCAUUUAAGCAAUGCAGGUUGAAAUCAGACACCACUGCCAGUCUUGGAGUUUCAGCCACUGGAUCUAACUCAUCUUUGCCCCUUGAAGACUUACCUCAGUUGGCUGUAAGUUCUCUUCAGGAGAACACUGUUGGUCACCAUGCUUAUGCUAUCAACCAGAAAGCAUUGACAGGUAGUCAUCUCACUGUAGAGAGCCUGAAAGUCUCAGAUAUUCCUGAAUCAGCUGACCAGAAGACUGGGAUAUUAGCAGGAGAGGUUCCUGGGUCUACUGAUGGGAAGACUGGGAUACAAAUAGUUUCCUCUGGCCUCUACUCGAGUAGAGAGAAGCCCAAUGGUUUUCAUCAGCAAGAAUUGCUAAAUACUGGUGAGGAAGCUUUAGGUGUUUUUGUUCAUCCUGGACCAGUUGUCCAGAAGGUUGGAAUACCAGUAGAACCUUUAAGUUACUACUCACAGAGAGAGCCCAGUGCUUUCUCCCCACAGGAGUUGCCAGCCAGCCAUCUCACGGAAGAGGUUCUGAAUGUGCCAGCUCUUUCUGUACUAGGAACGCAAAAACCUGGGUCACCAUCAGGGCCUUCGAAUUCCUACCUCUGUAGAGAGAAGCUCAAUGAUUUUUAUCAACAGGCCUUGCCAUAUCAUGAUCCAACUGAAGGUUCUCUGGAAGCUUCAACUGUUCCUGGACUAUAUGACCAGAAUAGGAGACCUACAAUACCAUCUGGUUCCUAUUCAUUCAAGGAGAAAGUCAAGAUUUCAACUGCGGAUCUGUUGCAUGACCAGAAGACUAAGUUGCCAACUGCUGCCCAUAGUUCCUACUUAAAUAGAGAGAAGCCUGUGAUUUCAACUGUGAUUAGACCAGAUGACCAGAAGACUCCAUUACUGACAGUUUUUCGUGGUUCUUAUCCUCAAAGAAUAAAGCCUGUUAUUUUCUUUCAAAAACAGUUGCCAGGUAGAGAUCAAAGUGAAGAUAUUCUAAAGAUUUCAACUGACUCUGAUCCAACUGAUGUGAACACAGAGAUACAUUCUUAUUCACACACAGAGAAAGCGGAUACAUUUUAUCCACAGGAAUUGCCAGACAGACAUCUAACUGAAGAUGCUCUGAAGGUCUCAAGUAGUCUUGGACAAGUUGAUCAGACUGCCUGGUUACCAAGAGUUUCUCUUGGUAUUUACUCACAUAAUGAGAAGCACCAACUUGUCUCAGAACAUGUCCAAAGGCCAAUAGAUAAUUUGAAUUCUCCUGACUCUUUUCUCAGACCUAACAAUAUGCCUUUAAAUUCUCAGACUAAUGAUACAGUUAUCAUAAGUAACCCAAAAUCUUCAACCGUUGGAGAUGUUGGUUGUGAGGAAAUCUGGGAUGCAUAUAAUAGUUCCAAAACUCUUAAAGAAAUUUGCACUCUCUUAAUGGAGGCAGAAAAUACAGCACUGAAACGAUGCAAUUUCCCUGCUCCCUUGGUCGCCUUCAGAGAUGUUAACGAUGUUUCAUUUAUACAGUCUAAGAAGGUAGUUUGUUUCAAAGAGCCCUCCACAACUGAUGUUUGUAAUCAGAGAGAGCCAGUUAUAGAGGAAUGCCCAUGCAUUGAGAGCAUGCAGAAGGAUAUUGGCACACAGACGAAUUUGAAAUACCAGAGAGAUAUUGAAAACUGGGAGUAUUCAACUACAAUUAGAAGCCCUCUACAGGAAGCUGAAGACUCAGCCAGAGUGGCGUUUGAUGAAACUUUUAGGCAAUAUGAAGCUGCCAGGUCUUUGGAAUCAGUUUCUGAUGUUUUUCUAAACUCUUUUCCAUAUACUUCACCCAAGAGAAGCAUGAUAGACAGCCAAGAUGAGGAGGGGUUGUCAGAGAGUGAGGGCAGCUGUGGUAGCAUAGAUUCACUGGCCACACAUGUGAAGUACUUUCUGCAAUGUAAAUCCUCACUGAAUCAGGCCAAACAAAUACUUAGAAAUGCAGAGGAAGAGGAAUGCCGGAUCCCAGCACAAGCCUGGAAUCUGAAGUUUAAUUUAGGACAUGACUAUGGAUACUCCAUUUCAGAAUUAAAUGAAGAUGACAGGAGGAAAGUAGAAGAAAUCAAGGCAAAGUUGUUUGGCCACGAGAGAGCAACUCAUGUAUCCGAGGAUUUACAGAGUCCACGGGGAAUAGGAUGCGUACCCAAAGCUGUAUGUGGUCACAUUAUCAUUGAGAGCCAUGAAAAAGGAUGUUUCAGGACUUUAACUGCUGAACAAACACACUCACAUGGCCACCCUUGUGUUUGCAGAUCUGCUGACCCUUCAGAAGUGAUUAGAGGAUGACAGAACCCAUCAUCAUGGAGAACCAGGCAUAUUAACAUUUCCAAAUCACUAAACCAGAGCAACCCCCAUUUCAAAGUUUGGGAUUCCUUGCAGUUACAAAGCCACCCCCCCUUUCAACAACUUACACCCAAGGACUUCAAAAUUAGCAAGGGAGGUGAAGUGUUGUUCAAUGCAAAUAUGGAUCCUCGGUUGUCAGAAUUAGUAGAGCCUAUUUGUGUGCCACCUAAAGAAAUGGAUUUUCCUUCUUCUACACAAACAUCACCCCUAGAACCCAUGAAACAGUUUACUACCUCCAUCACUUUGUCUUCUCACUGACAUUCUGGCUGCAUUUCAGAUACCUCUGUUUUUAAGGUUGGUGUUACUGAAGGUAGCCAGUGCACUGGACCAUCUGUGGGGGUGUAUAAGUCUCAUGUCCACAAAGAGCAGAUUUCUCCUAAAGAUCUUAGACAGAAAACCUCUUCCCCUUCAUCACUUAAAAGACAUAGUCAUUCACCAGUGACUAUUUUAGCAGAAUGUGAUAGGCAAAGGCAAAAAUUACCUGUUGAUGCUGAACAUUGUCCUCAAAAAGGACAACUCUUAGAAAGAUCAGAUUUUAAAAUCAGUCAUUCAGACCCCAGUGUCAGUACAAAUUAUAGCAAUUUCAAGGGAGUUCAAUUUUCUCAUAAAGAUAUUCUCAUUCUGGACAAACCGAGUUCCACACCAGAAGUAAAAGAGAAUGUAACUUUAACUCCUGAUCUUCCUUCUUGCAUUUUUCUUGAACAGAGCACUGAACAAAGCCACACCCCACACACAGAUCAUGUGAGCAAAUACCGUUCUCCCUGUUGUCCAGACAUUGCUUCUUGUAUUUUUCUUAAGCAUCAAGAACUCUUUGAACAAAGCAAAGCCCCACAUAUAGACAUGACAGAAGACCAUCCUCUCUUUCCUCAGUGCCACAAUUAUAUAGUUUCAGACCUUCCUUCUGUUUUUCUUGAACAGCAGCAGUGCAAAUCCCCAGAUGUAGAUGACCACAUGAGAAAUCUUUCUCAAGGUCUGGGUUCUGUAGUAGAAAAGAUUGAGUGUAUUCCUAAAUUACACUUUUCUAAUCUGGUAAAUGUUGAAGCCAAGUUCAGUAAUAUGAUCUCCCAGUCAGCCCGACACUGUGCAUCUGCAUCUACUCCACCUUCAAAUAAAUAAGCGAUUUCAUGUGCCAAGACUCCUUCCAAGCUGGAUAGUGGAACAGAUGAGAGAUUUCAUUCACUGGAUCCUGCUUCUAAAACAAGGGUUGAUAGUGAGUUUAAUUGUGAUCUACAAACUAUAUCUUCAAGAUCAUUGGAACCAACCUCCAAAUUAUUGACCUGUAAACCUGUAGCACAGGAUCAAGAAUUUUUAGGUUUUCUAGGACCUAAAUCUCCACUGGACUUGGAAGUUCUACAGUCUUCUCUUCCAGCUAGUAAGACUAUCACUCAGGACUUGAAAACCAUACCUCCUCAGAAUAGCCAGAUAGUAACCUCAAGGCAAGCACAAAUGAACAUUUCAGAUUUGGAAGGCUGUUCCAAACCACAGGGGACUCCAGUGUCUGCAGAUGGUUCACAAGAACAGAGUGAGACCCCCUCUGGAAAGUUAUUUUCUGAUGCAGUCACUCAGAUAACAACAGAAAGUCCAGGAAAAACUACAUUUUCAUCUGAAAUUUUUAUUAAUGCUGAUCUGGACCCCACUACCCAGAAGCCACACAAGUUUCCUGUCAAGUUUGCCUGAUCUUCUGUGCAGCAGGUUACAGCUUCUCCUGGCAAAGAUGCCCAGCCUGAGCUGUUGCCAUAUAAGCCAUCCGGUAGUUCAAAGAAGUACUAUGUUCCACAAUUAAAAACAGUUCCUUCAUUUCCGGAUUUCAAAUCAGACACUACAAUUGAGUGCUCACAUCCAGAUUCCUGUGAUGCUGCUGUACAAGACAGAAAAACUGAAAGACUGCCAGACACAAAGUUCAUUAAGCAGACAGCGGAAACCCGUGUUAAGAGGACCAUUCAUCAGGGAGUCUGUCCAGAGAAGGAAAAAUCCUUAGCGAUAGAUAUUUCAGGUGGCUGUGCAUUUGAUAUAUCACAUAUACAGAGUCUGAAUGACAAUUCAUCAUUUGAAAAUACCACUCACUCUAUCUUCAGAUCAGCAAAGUUUUACUUCCAUCAUCCAGUGCACCUGCAUGAGCAAGAUAUCUGCCAUGAGUGUUUGGGAAGGAGUGUUUCCAUGCAGCGUUCUAGCAAGGAUUUCUUCCACCAUCAUUCAGACACGCACAGAGAGCAUAGCUGCCUUCCUCCCCCUCGCCCAAGUGUGGACAAAAUGGACUACACCAGAAUAAAGAGCCUCAGCAUAAAUUUGAAUUUAGGUGACAACGAGAAAAUGCAUACUACCAAGAGCCAGUCCAAAGAUCAUCCAAAAAGCAAAAAACAGACAAAUGACCCAAAAAAGGAACUUAAGGUCACCACAGAACUAACAACUCAGUGUACUGUGAGUUUGAAUGAGCUCUGGAACUUGUGAGAGAGACAGAAACAGUAGAAGCCGCCUGAUAUCUAUGAUAAGGAACUAUCUUUGGUGGAAUGACGUUUGGCUAAACUGCUUCAGAAUCCCAUCACACAUUCACUCCAGUUCUCAGAAAGUACACAGGAUGAUAGCAGAGGGGUACACAGGGCGAGGGGGCAGGGCGGUGGGAGGCAGCAGCAGCAGAAAAGGACACAGAAGCAGAAGUGGUGUAAGAGCCUUGAGAAGGGCCCCCAAAAUGCGGGUUACCUUGGAACAAGCAGAGUGCUUUCUCCUCAGCAGGGUAAGAGUUCUAGUCAGAUUAAGACUGAGCAAAUUAAACUCAAUAAAUACAUCCUGAGAAAACAGCCAGAUUUUAAUUUUAUCAGCAACACCUCCUCAGACUCCAGACCCUCCGAGGAAAGUGAGCUGCUCACAGACAGUCCCACGCACUGUCUUUCCAGUACUGCUUCUCCUCUGGACUCCGAUGUAUUGACCCAGACUGAUAGAGAGGUGACUUUGCACAAAAGGAGUAGCUCCAUUUCCACUAUUGACACGGCUCGGUUGGUCCAAGCUUUUAACCAUGAAAGACUGUAUUUGCUACUGAGGCAAAUUAAAUUGUACAGCAGCGUCACCAGCCAACAGAGGAGAUAUCCGGAGAAGCGGUGCAAGCACAAGGAAACACUGAACACAGGCCAUCCCCAAAUGACUUCUGAGCACAGCAGAAGACGGCACCCAGGUAUAUGGCUACAAAGUCCGGCUGGCAACGUGACUGCCUUUUUCACGGACUUUUUAGUCAAUCUCGACAUAUAA